ACCACCUUCUCCCAUUACUUUCGCUCUUGGCGAUGAACAAUUACUAUGUGCAGGCCGCUCUAGCACAGAUAAGCAGCAGGACGGGGUCGCAGGGGACCAACUUGACCGCGCAGGUACACCAAAGACAGGUGCCAAGCGUUCCGGAACCCAUCGCGACCAAGCCAGCGGACGCAGAAUUCUACGCGACCGACGAGAAUGGGGAGGUCAAGCCGAACCCGCUGUUCCUCAAGUCGCACUUCUUUCGCGAGGGGCGCUUAACGGAGGAGCAGGCGCUCUUUGUCCUCAGUCGCGCGACGGCGCUUUUGAGGCAAGAGCCGAACGUGGUGCAAGUGCAGAGUCCCGUAACGAUAUGUGGAGACAUACACGGUCAAUAUUACGACCUGAUGAAGCUCUUUGACGUGGGAGGCUCCAUACACGACAACAGCUACCUCUUCCUCGGCGACUACGUCGAUCGGGGCUGCUUUGGAAUCGAGUGUCUCUUGUACCUGUAUAGCUUGAAACUAUGGUAUCCCAACCGCUUCACCCUCCUCCGCGGCAACCACGAGUGCAGACACCUCACCGAGUACUUUACGUUCAAGCGGGAAUGCUUGCAUAAGUACUCAGAAAGGAUAUACGAGGCGUGCAUCGAGUCAUUUUGCGCGCUGCCGGUGGCCGCGAUCGUAGACAACCGCUUCUUCUGCGUCCAUGGAGGGCUAUCACCGGAACUCGGCACCAUCGACGACAUCAGGAAGAUAGACCGCUUCCAAGAACCAGGAUCGCACGGUCUGCUCUGCGAUCUGCUAUGGUCAGAUCCUAUCGCGACCUUCGGAAGGGAGCAAGAGCCGGUGCAGGGCACUCCCGGCUUGCCACCCGGCACGAUGUGGCUACACAACGCGACACGAGGGUGCUCUUUCUUCUUCACAUACGACGCCGCUUGUGCCUUUUUGGAACGGAAUAGUCUGUUAGGCAUUAUACGAGGACACGAGGCGCAGGAUGCAGGAUAUACCAUGCACAAGAAGACGCCGACCAAACGCUUUCCUUCCGUCAUCACCAUCUUCUCUGCCCCCAACUAUCUCGACGUAUACCACAACCGCGGCGCGGUCAUCAAGUACGCUAACCGAGGUAUCACGAUACGACAGUAUAACGCAUCCCCUCAUCCUUACUGGCUACCAAACUUCAUGGACGCCUUUACAUGGAGUUUGCCAUUCGUCGGCAUGAAGAUCACCGAAAUGCUGCUCGCCGUCCUUUCGGUCUGCUCCGAAGAGGAGCUCGAUGGCGACGACUCGGACGAAGACGAAGACGCGCGCACGCUCAUGUCCCCCGACAUCAACGCGCGCAGGCAGCAGAUCAAGAACAAGAUCAUGGCCGUCGGCCGCAUGCAGCGCGUCUUCCAGCUCCUGCGCGAGGAGGCGGAGAACGCGACCGAGCUUGCGGCCGGGUUCCCGCUGCCGGGCUUGGGUGUCGGCACGCCCGGGCUGGGCGCGGAGGGCGUAGCGGGGCGGAGUUUGGAUGUGCCAGGUGCGGAUGGUGCCGGUGAAGUCAUGGGCGCGGAGGGCAUGCCAGGAGGCCUGGGUGGCCCGGCACAUCUCGGCGUACAUGAGGCCAAGUUGGCCCGCGCAAUUCGGUCGUUUGAGGAUGCCCGUCGCUCUGAUCUCAUCAACGAGCGUCUGCCCGAGUACGACCCUUCGCCAACGAUAUUCCCCGCAAGUAUGCGCCUACCAGGGCGAAGAGGCAGCGGCGAUCGCAGCGAAUCCCUCAACAUGGAGUAUCUCAUCAAGAAGACGCUCGAGGAGGAAGAGGACGACAGCGGGGUCGUCGAGCGGCUGGCGGAGAAGAUUGCGCGUGGGCGGAAGCCAACGGGCCGGCCUCGCCCACUGAAGAGGCACGAGACGACUUGAGAGCAGCAUGCACAAUGCGAGACGUAUGGAAGGGCAUGAUACGAAUGGGAGGAAAGGCGCCCACGCAGGAAUUCGCGGUGGACGUAGCCUGAAAUAUACCCAGUCAUUGUAGCAGGGGCGCGGGGGCGGUCGAAAGUCUGCAGAGAGCUACACUAUAUCGCAGCAUGGGAUCCCAGCCAACACUCCGGAUGUGCACCUCGAAUGAGCCCAUCGCAGACUCCCCUAGCGGUCUUGAUUUGGAUACUCGUCUAUGACAGCUUGCUUUCGCCCUGUUUACUUACUGUACGCAUCAUAAAUUCCUUCUACUGCAUACGUGAACCCUGGUUGAGCAUUCCGUGGUCCUUCAGCAGGUAGCAGCC